AUACAACUAAAUUACGACGCUCCACCUGAUGAAGCUGACACGAUGCUUUAUAAUCUCUUUACCUGUGCUGCUCAGCCUGUUGUUGGGAGGGAACACUACGCUAAUCUUACUGAGAACAUUGUGUAAUGCCGUUGCAUAACAUUUCAUCUGACAAAAGCCAAUUGAUCAGCCACAUUUAACACAGACAAUCUGGUAACCCAAAACAACCAAUUUGACAUUUGGUGCCUUUAGGUUGCACAUUUGUCAGCUGUUUCUCAGGGCCUUCUUAAUAUAUAUAUUUUUUUAAUUCAUAACUAAUAUCCACCGUUGAAAUGAUAGGGGCAGAAGUAAUCUAAAGCGGGAUGACAGUUCAUGACACCACCAUUUAAACCUUCCCUCAAUGUGGCCAAUGGCUGAAAGGUGGGCAGGGAUGAAGGUGUGGCCUAAGAAACUGUGCUACCCAUCAGUAGUGUCGUAGUCCAUUGGAAUGCAAAGAUGGGUUUGGUCUGAGUUUUACACCUUAUAAUGGGUAUCACAUCUGUGUUUUGAUGACUCUCAAAAAUUUGGAAACUUGAUGAAAGCCUCUUCAGAAAUGCCUUUAGGACAGUGCCAGGUAGCAAACCCUAAGUUCCACCACAGCCUUUAUAGUCUGACAGACAGCUCGGACCCGGACCAAGAGGAGGAGGAAGCAGAUGCCCCGCUGCGCUUCACCCCCCUGCAGAAGCUCACAUUCGACAUGCACAAGGAUGAGCGGAUCAUCAAGGAGCUGAUCAUAGGUCGCAGGGUGGGCUUCUACAAGGUCCGUGGAGAGAUCGGCAUUGGGACGUUCUCCAGAGUCAAAAUGGCUUUUCAUGCUCUGACGAAAGACAAAGUGGCCCUCAAGAUCUUGGACAAGACGAGGUUAGACCCACAGGCCCAACGACUGCUCUCCAGGGAAGUCAGCAGCAUGGACUCAAUGCAGCACCCCAACGUGAUCCGACUCUAUGAAGUGUUAGAGAUGCCUAGCCGUCUCUACCUGGUGUUGGAAUACGCUGGUGGAGGGGACCUGCACAACAGGAUCUGCAACCAAGGGAAACUGGCUGACAACACCAGCAAGAUCACUUUCUCACAGAUGCUUUCUGCCAUCAAAUAUAUGCACGAUAUCAACAUCAUCCACCGGGACCUGAAGGCAGAGAAUGUUCUGUUCACCAGCAGCGGCUGUGUGAAAGUGGCAGACUUUGGAUUCAGCACACAGAUCUCAAACCGCAAUGACGCCCUGGACACCUUCUGCGGCUCGCCUCCGUACGCCGCGCCGGAGCUCUUCAGGGAGGAGUGUUACCUUGGCCCUCCGGUGGACGUCUGGGCGAUGGGGGUCAUUCUUUUUUUCAUGGUGACCGGGACCAUGCCCUUCCGUGCUGAAACCAUGGGCAAACUGAGACGCUGCAUCACCCAAGGCGCCUACACCAUCCCUCCCUGGGUGCCCGGUCCUUGUCAGAGGCUCAUCAGGGGCAUCUUGAAACCAGAGUCCGGCGAGCGUUACGCCGUAGACCAGAUGCUGGGCUGCGACUGGCUUUUACCUGUCGAGUUUCCCUGGUCUUUAGCUUCUCCGGAACCAGCGAGCCCUCUCCACAGCUCCGUGCGUUGGGACACGGCGGAAGAAGAGGAAAGGGAGGAGGUCCGGAGCUCGCUGGAGAAGCUCGGGUUUUCGUCGGAAAACUUCCGAAACAAUCAGCUUAAUGAGAGCCGCAGCCCUGUCACCGGGGUUUAUCGGAUCCUGCUGCACCGGGCGCAGAGGAGGCGGGGCUGUGACUGUUUGCCCGUAGUCCGAGGGAUGGUGAGGGACCCCAAGCGAGAGGGGCUUCGAGCGUAUCGGGGCCUCAGACACACUUCCAAGCUAUGUGUGCUUUCAUAAUCCUUUUGAAUGUACAUUCUGUAUUUGACACUUUUUUAAAUGAUUCCUACCGAGGUAUGAGGGUACAUGUUGGAUCCCAUAUGUACUGGACUCUCACACUAUUAUGUUGGAUCCCAUAUGUACUGGACUCUCACACUAUUAUGUUAGAUCCACUAUGGACUGGACUCUCACACUAUUAUGUUGGAUCCCAUAUGUACUGGACUCUCACACUAUUAUGUUAGAUCCACUAUGGACUGGACUCUCACACUAUUAUGUUAGAUCCACUAUGGACUGGACUCUCACACUAUUAUGUUAGAUCCACUAUGGACUGGACUCUCACACUAUUAUGUUGGAUCCCAUAUGUACUGGACUCUCACACUAUUAUGUUGGAUCCCAUAUGUACUGGACUCUCACACUAUUAUGUUAGAUCCACUAU